AUGUUUGUGUACCAUUCAAGGAGAUCAAGGUCUAGGGGUUUAGACAGCCCUCAUAGGAAAAGCUGGUCUGAUGAAGAUGAUGGUUACAAAAGAAGGCGUGGAAGGUACAGUCCACGCAGAGGAGAUGACAGAGAGACCAGCAAUCUUGACAGGGAGAUGCAAGAAGAAAGAAGAACAUGUCAAGAUUCUCGUUUCGAUGUAUCAGAGGGGAGCACUGAUGGUCAGGGAUAUGUUGCUGGCACAAAGAGAAGCUCACAAAAGAGGGAAAGAGAGAGAUUGUUUACAGACCAAGACAACAAAAGUAGAAAAGUUGAUGCUAAUUCUUCCAAAGGUGAGAUUGCAGAGGGAGGAGUAAGUGACAGAUACCAUGAACACAAGAGUAGAAGCUCAAGUAGGCAGAACGGAGUUGCAGAGUCAGCUCGUGAAUGUCCCCACAAUAAAGUUGACAAAUCUGAUGUGGGAAAGAGUCCUUAUGGAGAAAAGAAUUAUGAUGAAUUUCAUAGAUAUAAAGAUAAACGUGUCACUGCAAAGAAAAUUGAGGCAGCCUCCUUAAAUAACUCUCAUGGUGAUAGUCAGGACAAUGAGGAAGAUGGACACCACAGUCGUAGUAAGGAAAAAACAAGGAUGAUGAAAGAUGAAGCAGAAUCAUCUAGCAGUGCUUCUCAAUGUUCUGAUGAUAGUAGGCUUGUAAAGGUCGAAAAGAGGCAACAAAAGAAAAGAAGAAAAAGUUCGAGGUUUAAGGAUAAGACACGUGCUCAAAAGGAUGUAAGAAAAAGCUCAAGGCUACAGAAACAGUCAGGCUCUACAGACACAGAGAGUGAUGGGGAUGAUGAUAGACACCAUAGACAUAGUAGAAUACAUUCAAGACCCAUGAUAUAUGAUGUAGAAUCAUCAGAUGGAAAUAAGCUUGGCAGGUAUGAGAAAAGAUCCCACAAGAGUCGAAGAACAAGGUCUAGGUCCAAGUCCAAGAAAGAGUCAGAUUUUGCAGAUACAAAGAGAAAUAGAGAGAGGAUUGAUGAAGAAGAUAGGCAUUGUGGACACAGAAGUGCCCAGCACCAUGUCAAGGAGCCGGGCAUGUCAGAAGUUGUUCUAAUGCAUACAGGGGCUUAGUUGAAGUUGAUGUUGAGAAUUUUGUUUCUAUUGAUAGGUCCAGAAGUUACUGCGGGACUUGUAAUCAAACUGCAAGAUCUGAUUUCAUGAAUCCUGAUGUUCAAGGAGGGAUUUUAUGUAGAUCUAGUGAUGGAGACAAGCUCCAUGAUUCAAGUAACAGGGAUUCGGCACCUGAAAGAGAACGCAAAAGGCCUGAUGAAGAACGUAUGUUACAGGUUUAUAGAAGUGAUGAGGAAGCUACUGCACCUGGAAUGGUGGCAACUAGUUUGGUGCAUACCAGCUUUAAGGGCACUGAUAAUGAGGCGAAGGGUGAGCUUGAAAAGGCUUGUCGUCUUGCUGCUUUGAAGAAGUUAGAAGAGAUUAGAAUGAAGAAAGAUACUCAGACUUUUCACCGUAGGGAGCCUAUUGAAAGUUUGAAAAUUUGCACCGAAGAAAAUAUACAUGGUAGAGUCCUGGAGAAAGCUAAUUCAAGUAAAGUGGAAGUAUGUGAAAUUUCUAUAAAGAGAAGGAUUUAGUAUUCAAUGAGGUCAGUAAAUCUUCAGGUUAAUAAUUUGUGCCCUUGUUUUGCCAGCCAAUAUCUGAAUAUCGGAAAGCCUUCUACAUAAUGCUGUAAAGUGUAAAGUAGAGCAAGGUAUGCUAUUGCCAUCAGAUGCCUGUCUGGAUGUUCCUGUAUUUUGCAGAAACGAUGUAUCACCAUUCUUCAGGUGUAUGUCUCCAUUUAUGAUGGUUGUGUGAAGUGUUCAUUUCUUUGGAAAGUUCCUCAUCUUGUAUAUACUUCAUACACUUUAAGGGCUGUUAGGCUUUUAGAUUUUGAGAUGAAAAAACAGCAAAAGGAAACAAAAAUUAUUGAGAUAGAGCAUGGAAGAAAUUUUGUUCAUUCCAA